GGAGCGCGCGGCCCGCGGAUUGUGCCGCCGCGCGCCGGGACGCCAGGGCUCGGCGCUCCGCACCCUCGGCCGCCGCGGCGCGACCCUGUCCCCGCGCACGGCCCGCGGGCCGACGACCGAGCGCGGCCCGGGAGCCUCCGGGCGUGCGGCCGCGCGGGAGACGAGGCGGGACCGCCCGCAGCCCGGAGCGGCCGGCUUGGGAGCAUGGACGGAGACCGGUGCCCGGCGUCCAGCGCUGCCCUGCGGCGGUGGCUGCUGCUGGGGGCCGUGACCGUGGGGCUCCUGGCCCAGGGCGUCCUCGCGGGUGUGAAGAAGUUUGACGUGCCCUGCGGAGGGAGAGACUGCAGCGGGGGCUGCCAGUGCUACCCCGAGAAAGGAGGGCGGGGCCAGCCAGGGCCAGUAGGCCCCCAGGGCUACAAUGGGCCCCCAGGGCUCCAGGGAUUCCCAGGACUGCAGGGCCGCAAAGGCGACAAGGGCGAGAGGGGCCCGCCCGGGAUCGCAGGACCGAAAGGAGACGUGGGCGCGAGAGGCGUUUCUGGAUUCCCCGGUGCCGAUGGAAUACCCGGACAUCCUGGGCAGGGUGGCCCCAGAGGACCUCCUGGCCAUGACGGCUGCAAUGGGACCAUAGGAGACUCCGGCUACGUGGGACCCCACGGGCCUGAAGGGCGGCGUGGCCCUCCCGGGCCCGAAGGACCCAAGGGGCAGAAAGGCGAACCUUAUGCACUGUCCAGCGAGGACCGUGACAAGUACCGGGGUGAACCUGGAGAGCCUGGAUUGGUCGGCUUCCAGGGGCCUCCCGGCCACCCCGGGCCUAUCGGGCAGAUGGGUCCUGUUGGAGCUCCAGGAAGACCGGGCCCGCCUGGACCCCCUGGACCAAAAGGACAGCCAGGCAACAGAGGACUUGGCUUUUAUGGGGAAAAGGGCGAGAAGGGCGACAUGGGACAGCCAGGACCCAAUGGGAUUCCGCUAGACACCCAUUAUGCCGGCACAGGACCCACAAGCGAAAUAUUCCGUCCGGAUCAAUAUAAGGGUGAAAAAGGGAGUGAGGGGGAGCCAGGAAGGAAGGGCAUUUCCUUGAAGGGAGAAGAAGGAAUCGUGGGCUUUUCGGGACCCCGGGGCGCUCCUGGCUUCGAUGGCGAAAAAGGUUCACCAGGACAAAAAGGAAGCAAAGGCCUGGAUGGUUACCAAGGCCCUGACGGACACCCAGGACCCAAGGGAGAAGCGGGUGACCCGGGCCCCGCAGGACCACCUGCCUACUCUCCUCAUCCCUCCCUGGGGAAAGGUGCCAGAGGUGAUCCUGGAUUCCCAGGGACCCACGGGGAGCCAGGCAGCAGGGGUGAACCAGGAGACCCCGGCCCACCAGGCCCCCCUGGCACGCCCGUCGGAGGGGAAGAUGAGAAGAGAGGCUUCCAGGGCGAAAUGGGACCCAAAGGCUUCAUAGGAGAACCGGGCCUCCCUGCGCUGUACCCGGGCCCACCGGGAGCUGACGGAACACCAGGGCUGCGGGGAGCCCCGGGGCCUGCCGGACCGCCCGGACCAGACGGUUUCCUCUUCGGCCUGAAGGGAGCGGAUGGCCGGGCAGGCUACCCUGGACUCUCCGGCUUCCCGGGGGCGCGCGGGCAGAAGGGCUGGAAAGGUGACGCUGGCGACUGUAAAUGUGCAGAAGAUGAUCAGUUCAUCAGGGGUAUUCCGGGGCUCCCAGGAUCCAAGGGCUUCCCAGGCCUCAAUGGGGAACCCGGGAAGAAAGGGGGCCAAGGAGACCCGGGUCAGCAUGGCAUCCCUGGGUUCCCGGGGUUCAAGGGGGCCCCUGGUGACACUGGACCUCCUGGGCCCAAGGGAUUGAAGGGAGAUUCUAGAACAGUCACCACGAAAGGUGAGAGGGGACAGCCAGGUGUCCCAGGUGUGCCUGGCCUGAAAGGUGACAACGGCAUCCCAGGGCGUGACGGGCUGGAUGGAUUCCCGGGCCUCCCAGGCCCUCCUGGUGAUGGCAUCAAAGGCCCCCCAGGGGACGCAGGUCACCCCGGGGCACCUGGCACGAAGGGCGUUCCAGGAGAAAUGGGACCCCCAGGACGGGGCCUGCCAGGCCCCAAAGGCGAGCAUGGCUUUCCUGGAGAUGUCGGAACUCCUGGGCCGCCAGGCUUCCCAGGCCCCCCUGGCCCCCCAGGCACUCCAGGACAAAUAGAUUGUGAUACGGGAGUGAAGAGGCCCAUCGGAGGUGAUGGACAGGAGACCCUCCAGCCAGGCUGUGUUGGAGGGCCCAAAGGACUGCCAGGCCUACCGGGACCUCGUGGCCCCCCAGGGGCCAAAGGUCUCAGAGGAAUGCAGGGACCCUCGGGAGCUGAUGGGGAACCGGGGCUCAAGGGUUUCCCAGGAGACCCAGGUCGCGAAGGAUUCCCAGGACCCCCAGGGUUUGUGGGGCCCCGAGGAGCCAAAGGUGCUGUGGGCCUCCCUGGCCUGGAUGGACAGCCAGGCCCCACCGGCCUGCCAGGGCCGGUAGGGCCCCCAGGGGACAGAGGCCUUCCUGGAGAAGUCCUGGGAGCCCAGGCCGGGUCCCGGGGGGAUGCCGGGCUGCCUGGACACCCCGGGCUGAAAGGCCUUCCGGGAGAGAGAGGCACGCCGGGAUUCAGGGGGAGCCAGGGCAUGCCAGGAAUGCCAGGCCUGAAGGGCCAGCCGGGCUUCCCAGGGCCUUCGGGCUCUCCAGGACUGCCUGGGCCGCCAGGACAGCACGGCUUCCCAGGAGCUCCGGGCCAACAGGGGCCACUGGGGCUGCCAGGCGCCGCAGGCCGGGGAGGUCUGCCUGGGGACCGAGGAGACCCAGGCGACACUGGUGUCCCCGGCCCUGUGGGCAUGAAGGGUGUGUCGGGUGAGAGAGGUGACCCUGGUUCCCUGGGUGAGAGAGGCCACCCCGGAAGCCCUGGAUUCAAAGGAGUGGCUGGGAUGCCUGGCAUCCCGGGGUCCAAAGGGAGUAGAGGCUCGCCCGGGAUGGACGGCUUCCAAGGCAUGCUGGGGCUCAAAGGCAGACCCGGGUUCCCAGGGAACAAAGGAGAGGUCGGAGUCUUUGGCGUCCCGGGGCUAAAGGGCCUGGCUGGUGAGCCAGGCGUGAAAGGCAGCCGAGGGGACCCCGGCCCCCCAGGACCACCUCCCAUCAUCCUGCCAGGAAUGAAGGACAUCAAAGGGGAGAAAGGAGACGAAGGACCUAUGGGACUGAAGGGGUACCUGGGCGUGAAAGGUUCUUCUGGGAUGCCAGGGAUCCCUGGGCUGUCCGGAGUACCUGGGUCGCCGGGGAGGCCGGGCUACAUCAAGGGAGUCAAAGGAGACAUCGGAGUUCCCGGCUCGCCUGGUUCGCCAGGAUUCCCUGGCGUUUCCGGACCCCCUGGGAUUAUAGGGUUUCCAGGAUUCACAGGAAGCAGGGGCGACAAGGGGGCUCCGGGGAGAGCAGGCUUGUACGGCGAGACGGGUCCCACGGGGGAGUUCGGUGACAUUGGCGACACCAUAGACUUACCGGGAAGUCCAGGCCUGAAGGGAGAACGGGGCCUCGCCGGCGCUCCAGGUCUAAAGGGGUUCUUUGGCGAGAGAGGAACGGAGGGUGAAGUUGGCUUCCCCGGGAUAACAGGCCUGACCGGAGUCCAAGGCCCGCCCGGCCUCAAAGGGCAAACAGGCUUUCCAGGACUGACGGGGCUGCAGGGGCCUCAGGGAGAGCCAGGACAGGUCGGGGUGCCCGGCAACAAAGGGGAUUUUGGCUGGCCAGGGGCUCCAGGCUUACCAGGUUUCCCCGGCAUCCGCGGCAUCGGGGGACUGCACGGCUUGCCAGGCACCAAAGGCUUUCCAGGAUCCCCAGGUGCAGACAUCCAUGGAGACCCAGGUUUCCCAGGUCCUGCUGGGGACAGAGGUGACCCAGGAGAAGCCAACACCCUUCCAGGCCCUGUCGGAGCACCAGGACAGAAAGGGGAGCAAGGAGUUCCAGGGGAGCGAGGCCCAGUCGGGAGCCCAGGACUGCAGGGAUUUCCAGGCAUCACCCCUCCUUCCAACAUCUCUGGGUUACCUGGUGACAAAGGAGCCCCAGGGAUAUUCGGCCUGGAAGGUUACCGAGGCCCACAGGGCCCCCCAGGGCCUGCUGCUCUUCCGGGAAGCAAAGGAGAAGAAGGGAACCCCGGAGUUCUGGGAAGCCCAGGAACCAAAGGAUGGGGCGGGGACCCCGGGCCCCAGGGCCGGCCUGGCGUGUUCGGUCUCCCAGGAGAUAAAGGGCCUAGGGGUGAGCAAGGAUUCAUGGGAAACAUAGGCGCCACCGGGAGCGUUGGCGACCGAGGCCCCAGGGGACCCAAAGGAGACCGCGGGCUCCCAGGUGCCCCUGGGCCUGUGGGGUCCCCGGGCAUUGCAGGAAUCCCCCAGAAGUUUGCCAUCCAGCGGGGGCCAAUGGGCCCCCAGGGAAGGAGAGGCCCCCCGGGGGCCCAAGGAGAGCUGGGGCCCCAGGGCCCCCCAGGAGAACCAGGUUUCCGUGGGGCUCCAGGGAAGGUGGGGUCCCAGGGAAGAGGUGGAGUAUCUGCUGUUCCUGGAUUCCGAGGAGACCAGGGGCCCGUGGGACACCAGGGGCCGACCGGCCAGGAAGGGGAACCAGGCCGCCCCGGGAGCCCCGGCAUGCCCGGCAUGCCUGGCCGCAGUGUCAGCAUCGGCUACCUGCUGGUGAAGCACAGCCAGACGGACCAGGAGCCCAUGUGCCCCGUGGGCAUGAACAAGCUCUGGAGCGGAUACAGCCUGCUGUAUUUUGAAGGCCAGGAGAAAGCCCACAACCAGGACCUAGGGCUGGCGGGCUCCUGCCUGGCUCGCUUCAGCACCAUGCCCUUCCUGUACUGCAACCCUGGGGAUGUCUGCUACUACGCCAGCCGGAACGACAAGUCCUACUGGCUUUCCACGACCGCCCCGCUGCCCAUGAUGCCCGUGGCCGAGGACGAGAUCAAGCCCUACAUCAGCCGCUGCUCUGUGUGCGAGGCCCCGGCCGUCGCCAUAGCGGUCCACAGCCAAGAUGUCUCCAUUCCCCACUGCCCAGCCGGAUGGCGGAGUCUGUGGAUCGGAUAUUCCUUCCUUAUGCACACGGCUGCGGGCGAUGAAGGUGGCGGCCAGUCCCUGGUGUCGCCGGGCAGCUGCCUGGAGGACUUCCGUGCCACGCCUUUCAUUGAGUGCAACGGGGGCCGCGGGACCUGCCACUACUACGCCAACAAGUACAGCUUCUGGCUCACCACCAUCCCAGAGCAGAGCUUCCAGGGCUCACCCUCCGCCGACACCCUCAAGGCCGGGCUCAUCAGGACACACAUCAGCCGUUGCCAGGUGUGCAUGAAGAACCUGUGAUUCUCGGCGGGCGGCUCCACCGGGGCCACUUCGGUGCUUACCCUUAACUCAUUACCUCAUGCUGACCCAAAAUGGAUUCCGCUUUCCUCUUUAAGAAACAAGCAGGCCACCAAAGGAACUGAGCACCAGCGCUUCCACCAAAAAACCUGUGUCCACCAGGGGCACUGUGCUUGUGACCCUGACCCUCUCUGUCGAGAUUAACCCCCGCACCCCACCAAGCACUAGGCCAUUAAGCGUCAGGCCUGGCUGACCUCUAACGCCAUCUAUAUACCCACAGACCCAGGUAUUUAACUCAUUUAACGGGGUGGUAUAGACAGCUGAGGGUGUGCAGCCCGAGGGCCCCUGCACUCGCUCCAACUUUCUCACAUGAGUGGCCCCGGGGAUGGGCCGUCCUGCUCUCUAAGCCAGCGAGAUGAUGGCAUUAUUUCCUCCCAGAGCCUGUUGAUGUGAAUUAUUAUCAUGAUCUGCUCAGGAAGGCCAGACUGUGCCUUUUAUUCUCAAAGAUACAGAUAGAGUCACACAGCAGCUGCCAAUCUCUCCCCCACGUCCUGCCGACCCUGGGGCUGGCCAGGCUCACGUAGGAGCGGAGACCUUUCAGCCGUCUGGUGUCAGCCAGGUUACCUGACGGCCAACUUAGUGUCAGAGGCGAUGUUCCCGCCACCCCAGGGCGUCCCCAGAGUCACCCUCCGUUCUUUGUGCUGCACUGUACUCCUAGACUACGCUAUGCCCUGUAAUGACCACAGAAUAAAAGCUGGUGUUGAACAUUUUUAUACCCCAA